UCUCAUUAUUUUUCACUAUACUGCAAUUUUUACUUCUUUCACUGAUUCACUCCAUUUCAUGUUCUCAUCCACUCCAACACUCUCUCUCUCUCUCUCUCUCCCUCUCCACAUGCGAUUAAAUGCUUGCAUAAUUUGAGAAAAAGCUUACCUUUUUAUUCAUUUACAGUCAUUUUUCCAACUCAAAUUCGCCUGCUUGAAUUCCUAAGCAAUCGAAGAUGCUGUUUUCACGCCGGUGAAUUAUCGCCGGAGAUCGCAAUCAGAUCUGGGGAAUUGAAUUGUUGUAUGGAUGCAAAUGAAUAACUCAGAUGAGAAGAACUAAUGUUAUUUGCCGUAGAAGGAGGAGGGUUUUUCUCUUCUUCAGCGUCUGGUUACUGUAAGGGCCUGACCCUUCUUCUAUUGGGUCAGAAAACCGAAGAGAAACCCAUGAAAGUGACGCCGUGGAAUCAGUACCAGUUGGUGGACCAAGGGACCGAUCCUGAUCUCCAGCUGGCUUCUGGGAAGAACCACCCUGUCCGCGGGUGUGCCUCCUUUGUUUGUUUUGGUUGCACUGCUGCUGGACUCGAGAGCCCAUCUCCGCUCAAAGUUGGACCAACUCAAAAGAAAGAAAGCUUUACACCACCAACUAUUAGUGAGAGUAAUGAGUUCACAAAUUUAGAUGGCCGUGUUGUUGUUGAUGAUGAUGAUGGUAGCAAGGGGGGUGUAGUUAGUCUUAAGAGCAGCUUGAAGAAAGCAACCAACUUUGCUGUUAUUGCUUCCACUGAUGAAGACAAUGGUGGUGGAACGCAUGAAAAACUGGACAGAGAAAAUGAUGAUGUUUCUUGUCAAAACGGGAGAAGAAAGAUACAGUGGACAGAUGCAACUGGGGGAGAGCUUUUUGAGAUUCGGGAAUUUGAGUUGAGUGAAGAUGGAUCCGACAAUGAUUUCGAUCAUGGGAAUGAAAAGACUUGUUCGUGCACGAUUAUGUAGUCCGAGCUUUCUUGGCAGCUCGCGACCCUGACUGGACCUAUGUGAUGCCACCAAUGUCCAGACAGCAGCUCAUCACGAGUCCAGCGGGGGGCAGGAAAGCGAUAGUCGAGGUGAUGCAAAAUACCGGCUUGCAUUCCAGUUUUGUUGCUUUGGUUAUGUUUUGAUGUUGGGCAUUGACAUGCCAUUUGUUUUGUAGCUUUGUUUAUUUCAAUUUGGAGAUGUCUGAAUCUCUUGUGGUGAGAGGAGGAACGAGGGAGAAUUUUUAUUUUGUAUUUCGUAGUUGUUCAUAUUGAAACACUAGAAUUUAUUUAAAAGCUGUGUAAAGUGAUAUAGUAACAAAUUACAUUAUCAGGCACUUAUAUUUGAGGAUAUUCAAUCUUUUGAUUAUGUCUAA